AUGUCAGAGGAGCGGACCAUACGGGACCGCACGCUCUUAGAAGUUAGAGAUUCAGAUCACCGCAUCCCCUGGAAAGUCCGAUUCAAUCUGGGCAACAGCAGCCGACAGAUCACUCAGUGCAGAAACUCCAUCCAGGGCAAGACGCUGCUCACUGACGAACUAGGUUAUGUCUGCGAGAGGAAAGACUUGCUGGUUAACGGCUGCUGCAACGUCAAUGCUCUCAGCACCAGGCAGUACAUCUGUAAAAGCUGCCUGGCCAAUGGCUGCUGUAGCAUCUAUGAGUAUUGCGUGUCUUGCUGCCUCCAGCCUGAUAAGCAACCUCUCCUCGAGCGCUUCCUGAAUCGUGCAGCUGAAGGUUUCCAGAACCUCUUCACUGCUGUGGAGGAUCAUUUCGAGUUGUGCCUGGCCAAGUGCAGGACGUCUUCACAAAGCGUUCAACAUGAGAACACCUACAGAAACCCUCAAGCAAAAUACUGCUACGGUGAGAGUCCUCCAGAGCUCCUUCCUGUAUGA